AUGGCAAACAAAUACUUUGCAUUGCUGUUGGUGGCGUGCCUUGUAGCCGCUGCAAGUGUUGAUGCCCUACAAACGCCACAAGAAUGCGUUAAAAGUUGUCUCGACCGUCGAUGCGGCCCAAACCCCAAAACCUUCUGUAGUUUUCUCUGUGACUACGGUUGUUCACUAUCAUCUGGAGGGAUAGUAAAAAAUGAUAAGAUGGAAACACAGGUAAUGCCGACAUUAGCACCACAACCACCAAGGAAGGUUCAAGCACAGGGCAAAGAAACAAUAGAGACAAAUCAAGAGUUUCAUUAA